UGGUCACGUGAUUGAGCUUCAGAGCUGUGGUCACCUGAUCUGUUGUGUUGUUAGCUGCUAGUUGAUACAGAAACAUGGCUGCACAUCUGUCCUACGGUAGAGUUAAUCUAAACAUUUUGAGAGAAGCAGCACGAAAAGAGCUUCGGGAAUUUCUGGACAAAUGUGCGGGAAGCAAGGCCAUAGUUUGGGAUGAAUAUCUGACAGGACCUUUUGGACUGAUAGCUCAGUACUCUCUACUGAAGGAACAUGAAGUGGAAAAGAUGUUCACCCUCAAGAGUGGCAGGCUCCCCUCUGCUGACGUCAAAAAUAUCAUCUUCUUUGUUCGUCCCAGGCUGGAGCUCAUGGACAUCAUUGCUGAGAAUGUAUUCAGCGAGGACAAGAUGCAUUCGUCUCGAGACUUCCACAUUUUGUUCGUGCCUCGGCGGAGCUUGCUGUGUGAGCAGCGGCUGAAGGAGCAGGGUGUGUUGGCCUCUUUCACCAACAUCGACGAGUACAUCCUGGACCUGAUCCCCUAUGAUGGCGACCUGCUCUCCAUGGAGUAUGAAAGUGCUUUCAGGGAGUGCUACUUAGAAAAUGACCAAACAAGCCUUUACCACACCGCCAAAGGCCUCAUGACGUUACAGGCGCUGUAUGGCACCAUUCCACAGAUAUACGGGAAAGGAGAAUGUGCACGGCAUGUUGCCAACAUGAUGCUGAGGAUGAAGAGGGAGUUUGCCGGAAGUCAGAAUCAGAUCCUGCCUGUGUUCGAUACUCUGCUCCUGCUGGACCGUAACGUUGACCUGCUCACCCCGCUGGCCACACAGCUCACCUACGAGGGUCUCAUUGACGAGAUCUACGGAAUCACUAACGGUUAUGUCAAGUUGCCUCCGGAGAAGUUUGCGCAGAAGAAGCAAGGCGAAGCGAGUAAAGAUUUACCCACGGAGUCCAAGAAGUUACAGCUCAACUCGGCAGAGGAGCUGUAUGCAGAAAUACGGGACAAAAACUUCAACGCUGUCGGAGCGGCGCUCAGCAAGAAGGCCAAAAUAAUUUCCGCAGCCUUUGAGGAGCGCCAUAAUGCUAAAACCGUGGGAGAAAUAAAGCAGUUUGUGUCUCAGUUGCCUCACAUGCAGGCAGCUCGAAGCUCGCUGGCCAACCACACUUCUAUAGCCGAGCUGAUCAAGGACAUCACCACCUCUGAGGCCUUCUUUGAUAAUCUAACAGUGGAGCAGGAGUUUAUGACUGGAGUCGACACAGACAAGGUGAACACAUAUAUAGAAGACUGCAUUGCCCAAAAGGAUCCGCUGAUCAAGAUUCUGCGUCUGGUGUGUAUGCAGUCAGUCUGCAACAACGGCCUCAAGCAGAAAGUGUUUGACUACUACAAGAGGGAGAUUCUCCAGACCUAUGGUUAUGAACACAUACUAACCCUGAACAACCUAGAGAAGGCGGGUCUCUUGAAGCCACAGACAAACUCAAGGAAUAACUACCCCACUAUAAGAAAAACCCUCAAACUGUGGAUGGAGGACGCCAAUGAACAGAACCCCAACGACAUCUCCUAUGUGUACAGCGGCUACGCUCCACUUAGCAUCCGACUGACCCAGGUCUUGGCCAGGCCCGGGUGGCGUAGCAUCGAAGAGGUGCUGAAGAUGCUUCCGGGCCCACACUUUGAGGAGAGACAACAGCUGCCUGCCGGGCUUCACAAGAAACGUCAGCAAGGGGAGAACCGAACAACGCUGGUGUUCUUCCUCGGUGGAGUGUCGUAUGCAGAAAUAGCCGCUCUUCGUUUCCUCUCUCAAAUGGAAGACAGCGGGAUGGAGUAUAUUAUAGCCACCACAAAACUCCUUAACGGCACUACUUGGGUCAAAUCCCUCAUGGACCGGCCUGAAUCCCAGACCUCCUGAGUCACCUGCAUGUACACCUGGCCACAUCAAACACCCCAUCCAUCCAUCCAUCAGAAAACCUCAGCUGCUGUUUUUUUUAUGUCCAUUUCGGUGAACUGCAGGUGUUUCAUUGAUGUCUGUGCAACAACAGGCUCUUUAAAGGUGCCCCGUGGAGUUUUCUUUUCUUCAUUCGAUGUUACUGACCUGAGCCCUGACAAACAUGUUGAAUGCAUCUCCUUCUUCAUAACAUUUGAAAAGCUGAUUGAUAGAAUAUUUUAAAUUGUUCAUUGUUAUAUCCGUGUUUUCUUGCUUGUCUCUGCUGGUGCUUUCUUUGUCCAGUACCAUCACCAACUGCAGAUCAGUGGAAUAGAGUGAAGCCUGCAGCAGGAAUGCGUAUCACGUCACCUGCGGCCUCAUGCAUGCGCAUAACACAAACAAAACGUUGACCCACUUGUAAAAACUGUGCUCCAUAGUGCUUCUAGUGGUCAUAACCACCACAGGGUACCUAUUUCCAGUCCUUGAUUUGCACCCAGACAAUAUAAUAUAAAGCUGGUUUAAUACCUCUGUUUAUCCCUUUGUCCUCUGGCUACAUAUUGCAUCACUGAGGUCAUUGCUCUACUGUGGAGCUACUGUAAAUAUGUAUGUAUGAUUAAAAUCUGUGGGAUGUUUGAGAUGAAGACGCACUUCUUCAGUUUUUUUUAAGGCUUUUGCAGGCAGCUUUCUGUGGCUUUUGCUGGGCUAAAAAUAAAGUCUUAACUAACUGAAA